AUGUCACCAAAGUCCACGUCGCCGUUUCUGGAGAUCAAAGCAAUGCUGGCGCAACGAGGGCAAACUGAUACACAGACGGAGGCGGGGGAGGGCUCCCCGGAGGAGCAAAAGGAGAAAAGCAUCAUCGUGAAAAACGUGGAGUUUCUCGAGGAACUCCAAACAGACGAUGAAGCAGGAACGGACGACGCUGGAACUGAUGCAGAGUCGGAGAGAGCCCUUGAGCCCCGUCAGGACGAGAGAAAAGCGUAUCGACUACGCACGAUCGAGGACGACAUUGAACUGAAGGAGGCCGCUAUUUGGGAAUUAGAGGAGCUCGUCGAUCAGCUCGAAAAGCAACCCAAGUGUGCGUCGCGCAGUUUUGGGCAAGGAGUUCGCCGAUACGAGGAUAAGCUGGUGGCCUGCGCAUUUUGCGAGGCUAUCGGUGUCCAUUACUCCGACGCGUGUCCACUCAUUCGCACAGUAGAGGAGCGGCAAAGAGUCCUUUUGGAAAAAGGAAGAUGCGAACGGUGCCUGGAGAGGAACUGUACCUCGGACAGUUAUACGUGCAGGAAAUUUUACGCCAAAUGUUUUCACUGUAAGAAUGAGGGCCAUCAUUCGGCCCUAUGUCUGUUUCCUGAAUACAGUGACGAUAUCCAGGUGAAUUCACAAUUAUGUGGCUUUUUGUGA